CCAACAGAAAAUAAAAAGACAAAAUACCGCCCCCCGUUUUAAUUUUCUCCUACACACUUUUUUUCUCUUAUAUAAAACCCCGUAAAUAACUCAAACUAGCGCUCAUCAUUACACAUUUCUUUCUACCGUCUUCUAAAACACUCAAAAGAAAAAAAAAUCAAAUUCCUCAUGGACGUGAAAAUUGGAGCAAUCGACACGUGUAAACCACCGCACAACGACGUGGGCUGUUUACCGACCACUAACGCCGUCACCAUCCACACCCCAAAUGUGCCAUUCACCUCACCGGAAUCCACACUAGGCCGUCACAUAGCACGCCGUUUAGUCCAAGUGGGCAUCACCGACAUAUUCGGCGUGCCAGGUGACUUCAACUUAACAUUACUCGAUCACUUAAUUGCUGAACAUGGGCUUAAUUUUGUUGGUUGUUGCAAUGAGCUUAAUGCGGGAUAUGCUGCUGAUGGUUAUGCUAGAGCUCGUGGGGUUGGGGCAUGUGUUGUGACGUUUACUGUUGGUGGACUUAGUGUUCUUAAUGCUAUUGCUGGUGCUUAUAGUGAGAAUUUACCAUUGAUUUGUAUUGUUGGUGGACCUAAUUCCAAUGAUUAUGGGACUAAUAGAGUGCUUCAUCAUACUAUUGGGUUGCCUGAUUUUAGUCAGGAACUUCGGUGCUUUCAAACUAUUACUUGCUACCAGGCUGUGGUGAAUAACUUAGAGGAUGCACAUGAAAUGAUCGAUACAGCUAUCUCUACGUCGUUGAAAGAGAGUAAGCCAGUUUAUAUAAGCAUAAGCUGUAACUUGCCAGGGAUUCCACACCCCACUUUUAGCCGUGAACCUGUUCCAUUUUGCAUUUCUCCCAGAUUGAGUAACAAGAUGGGUUUGGAAGCAGCUGUGGAGGCAGCUGCAGAGUUCUUAAACAAAGCUGUGAAACCAGUCAUUGUGGGAGGGCCAAAAAUGCGUGUCGCAAAGGCGCGUGAUGCGUUUGUUGAAUUGGCGAAUGCAAGUGGAUAUGCUGUUGCAGUGAUGCCCUCAGCUAAGGGAAUGGUUCCAGAACACCACCCUCAUUUCAUUGGAACUUAUUGGGGUGCAGUGAGCACGGCCUUCUGCGCUGAAAUUGUGGAAUCAGCUGAUGCUUACUUGUUUGCUGGACCUAUUUUUAAUGACUACAGCUCUGUGGGGUAUUCUCUUCUUCUCAAGAAGGAGAAGGCCAUCAUUGUACAGCCAGAUCGUGUGACUAUUGCUAACGGGCCUGCAUUUGGCUGUGUUCUAAUGAGGGAUUUCCUUGUCGCAUUGGCCAAGAGGCUAAAGCACAACCCAACUGCACACGAGAAUUAUCGUAGGAUUUAUGUUCCAGAGGGACAUCCUGUCAAGUGUGAGCCUAAAGAGGCAUUGAGGGUCAAUAUUCUCUUUGAGCACAUUCAGAGGAUGUUGUCUGGUGACACUGCUGUGAUUGCCGAGACAGGGGAUUCAUGGUUCAAUUGCCAGAAGCUUAAACUGCCAAAGGGAUGCGGGUACGAGUUCCAAAUGCAGUAUGGAUCUAUUGGUUGGUCUGUUGGGGCAACUGUUGGUUAUGCACAAGCAGCACAAGAAAAGAGGGUGCUUGCUUUCAUUGGUGAUGGUAGUUUCCAGGUGACUGCUCAGGAUAUUUCAACAAUGUUGCAGUGUGGGCAGAGGACUAUCAUCUUUUUGAUAAACAAUGGUGGUUAUACAAUUGAAGUUGAGAUUCACGACGGACCUUACAAUGUGAUUAAGAACUGGAAUUACACUGGACUAGUCGAUGCAAUCCACAACGGGCAAGGAAAAUGUUGGACAACAAAGGUUCGUUGCGAAGAGGAGCUUGUGGAGGCAAUUGAAACUGCAACUGAAGCCAAGAAAGACUCUUUAUGCUUCAUUGAAGUGAUUGUUCACAAGGAUGAUACCAGCAAAGAGCUGCUUGAAUGGGGUUCUAGAGUCUCAGCAGCUAAUAGUCGUCCACCAAAUCCUCAGUAAAAUGUCUGAAUGUUCAUAAUAAAUUUCCGAUGACUCAACUGUUCUCAAGUUGGCGAUUUCCACGUUCUAAUCCUAUCACAUUUGAGUAUUCUGCUACUGUUGUUAUCUCUCAGUUUUAGUUUCUAGUUCCUAUAUAACAUUCGGAUAUUCUGUUAGUGUUGUUUGUUCAUAAAAUUGUCCAUAUUGGGAAUGUUGUUUUUUCAUUUAACAAAAUUUUGUCAA